ACUCCUGAUGUUGGGUACGGAAAGAGAGCAGAAAACACAGGACCCGUCUCCGGAUGAGACUGUAGGGCCUUGUCACACCUACACGAUGCCUUGACUUUAUCGCUCUACGAUACCGUGAUGGUGUGCUUCUACCAUUCCAUCAUUUGUUCAUUCUAUGAGUCUGUGACCCCGCGAUUCCGAGAUUUCAUACAUCUAAAAGUCACGGUCUUUGGGUUUUGCAGCAGGAAAUGACAAGGAAACCCAGCUGCCACUGCCAGAUUUUUAUUCACCCCUGAUCUCCUGCUUGGCAACAAGGGCGCUGAGUGGGCACUGCCAGGGACACGUGUCUUUGUUUCCCUGUGUUCUGAUGUCCCAGUCACCCACCGGCUACCACGUGUCCCCAUGUCCUGAUACCUCCAUGUCCCCCUGUCCUCAUAUCGCCACGAUGUCCCCACAUUGCCACUGGAAUGGGAAGGAAACUGGGGAAAUGCCGCAUGGGAAGGGAAGGGGACGGGGGAGAUCGUGGAAGGGAAGGGAAGGGAAUGGGAUUGGGAGAAUACGGCACAUGGGGAGGGAAGGGAAGUUAAGUGAAUGGGAUUGGGAGAACACGGCACAUGGGGAGGGAAGGGAAGGGCGUAAGGGGAAGCGCCUCAAGGGGGGGAAGGGAAGGAAACUGGGGGGAGAUGCUGUAAGGUAAUGGAUGGGUCGGGAAUGGGACAGGGGAGAGACGCCACAAGGGAGCUGAAGGGAAGGGGAGCGAGAACAGCAUCAGCACACGAUGGGCACAUAACUUGGACAUCAGCGACGUGACUUGAAAGGCCAGCAUUGGGAACGCCUCCUUUGGAGAGAGACUGAGAGGUUUGGGCUCAUUGAGCCUGGAGAACAGAGGGCUCUGGGGAGACCAUGUGGCUGCCUUUCAGUACACGGGGCCUCACAGAUCACCUGGUUCCCACCCAGCCCCUGCUGCGGCCAACAGCGAGAUCAGGCUCCAGGUCAGGUUGCCCAGGGUGCCAUCCAGCCCGCACUUGAACACCCCGAAGGACGGGGUAUGCACAGCGCCUCUGGGCAGCCUGUGCCAGCAGCUCAGCAGCUCCUAAGUGAAAAACUUCCCCUGGACGGGUUCCUUUUUCUGAUGUGUGCACGUGAGCUUUCUUUGCACUGAAGUGCCUACAGCUCGCAGAACUUGGUAGGAAAGCGUUUCCGGACCUUGGAGACCCUGCUCGAAUGGCAGCAGAGCAUCUCCAAGGGCACCAGGUGUGCCUGCGUAUGCCGGAGGACGACGGGAAUCCUUCUGCAGCCUCUCUUGCCAGCGUCUGUUGCAUCCCCGCUGCCUCCACGGUGCCUGCUGGCAUCUCAUCUGCCUGCAGAUAACGCGAUGUAACACACAGGUGUUACGGGAGAGUCAGCACUGAGCAACAUUCGUGUGGGCUGCAGCAGAAGGAGCGCAGUGUGAUGCACGGCAGGCACGGUGCUGGGCUGCCUGCCUCGCGCCCACCACCCAGCCUCUGUCGAGCUGAACUCAGCCUGUGUGACACGUGGCAGGUUCUCGUGCCGCUUGCCGAGUGAACCACGGUGACUGUCGAUAGGGACAUUUCAGCCUCGCGAGGUGUGUGUGUGCCUGUGAACGCACAGGGUUUUGUUUAUUAAGCAGCCGCAAAACAGCUUCUCUUACUACGCCGUUGGAGUUAGGCUUGCGUUCUUUGGGAACGUAAUUCAGUAAGGUCAGUGGAACUCCUCCUGGAAGGGGAGGUCCCCUCUCCAUGCCGGUGACCUAACAGAGCUCCGGUGACACGGGCUGAUGUCACAAUGCCAUGCGCUGCAUCACAAGGAGAUCUUCCCCGGGGCAGCGGCAGCGCCGGCACUUCCCUGCAAGGCCUGGGCGCUGCUGCAGCACUGCUCAGGGGCUCUGUCCUUCUGCGGCCAGGAGUCGGCUCAGGGGCAGCCAGGCUGCACUGGGCGGCCCUCGCUGACGCGUGGAGGAGCAGGGGCGCUUUGCAGAGAGUGGUUGGUUGGUUGGUUGGUUGGUUGGUUGGUUGGGUGAGGAGCCUUGUCGCUGGAGGGCAUCCUUAGUUGUGAGCUGAGGGCUGUCGGCAAGCGACAUGGAAGGCUGCUGGACUGUGGGCGUCAGCUUGGAGCUGGCCUACACGUUCCCUACGCUGCUGGAACUCUCCACCGAAGAGAUCGUGGCUGUCUGGGACGCUGUAUCUGAUUACAUUCUGGAGCAGAUGAAGCUGGACAAGGGAGUCCUGGUUCCGGGACUCGGGAUCUUUGCUGGGGUCCGAGAGGAAGUCCACAGCAAAGACGAGGGGAUUCCGGUUCGAAGGCCUGUCUUCCAGCUGGACAUCGGGGUGCUGUGGCUGCAGGACCUCCAGUCUCCCAACGACAUCAUCCCUGACGAUGUCAAGAUUGAGCCGCUCAACUACCGGCAGCUCUCGCGAGCCUCCGGCGUCCCGCUGCACAUGGUGCCGCGCUGCGUGCGAGAGAGCGUGCUGCUCUACUGCCACCUCCUGAGGAACAAGGAGCCCGUCUCGUUCGUCUUCAAGAACAUCGGCGUUAUGACGUGCCAAGACGACUUCCUCCUCAUGAGGUUCUUCUGCAGCUGCAUUGCAGAGCUGGAGAGCAACGCCACCGUCCUCACGCUGUUCCACACUAGAUUCUGGACGGACGAUUCUGCUGACUUCGGGCCAGCGUCCGCCGCCCGUGGGAUCCGGGUGUUCCCGAGGUUUCAGCUCACCGUGGAAGAGAGCAGAGCAGAGGCCGCCACAGAAAAGGAAGCCGCCGUAGAGCAGAAGCUGAGUAGAGAGGGCUCUGUUGGCAGGCUGCUGCAGAGGCGGAAGACACUUCCCCCCUCCAUGCUGCUGCAGCGCAAGCCGAGCUCAAGGCAGCAAGAUGUGGCGAAGGAGCCUUCUGCCAGGUGAGGGCCUUGGGCGAAAAGGAGGAGGAGAUGCGUGCGCUCGUGUGCCUUUGGA